CAAUCCUUGAAUUUUCCGUUUGAAUAUUUGUUUUGAAAAAUUAAUAGAAGACAUCUGACAUCGUCAUGGUCAUAUCUGUGGUGCAGCGCAACGAAUUUAUUGUUCGCAUCAUACGUCUCUCCUCGAAAUACUGUGGUUGUGAUGUCCUGAAUCCGGAGUGGAAAAUGAAUUUACUCACCUGGACGGUGAUAACGUUCAUCAAUAUGUUUUCCAUAUUGACGUGUUAUACAGUGUAUGUGAGCAUCUAUUUGGAGGGGGAAUGGUCGCACAGUCUGCAGGCCUUGGCCAUGGUGGGCAGUGGGGUGCAUGGCUAUGCCAAACUCUUGAAUGCCAUUAGGAAUAAGGCCUAUUUUCGUUUUUUGGUCGACGAACUGCACACGAUCUACAAGGAAUACAACGAAAAGAAACAUUCCGAUUAUCGUGCCUAUUUACACAAGACCAUGAAUCGAACCGUUGUUGGCCUCAAAUCGAUGGGCAUCGUUUAUGCCAUUGUCGUUUGUAGCCUGAUCACAGUGGUGCCGUUCUAUCGUUUCUUCUUCAAUCAACGCGUAUUUAUAAUGCAGUUUUUAUUGCCUGGGCUGGAUCCGAAGGUGGAAAGGGAUUUCAUAAUAAUGAAUGUCGUACAUUUUUUCAGUAUCCUGUUCGGUGGAUUUGGUAGCUUCGCCGCCGAUUUGUGUUUCUUUUUGCUGGUCUUUCAUGUGCCGCUGUACAAGGAUAUAUUGUCGUGUAAAUUUCAGGAAAUCAAUGAGGCUCUGGAGCUGGAUGAAAUGGAGAGGAGUGGUGAACUGUUGCGGGACAUAUUCGAGUGGCAUCAGCGCUAUAUGAAAAUGAUGGCUUCAUCGAUUCUUGUUACACGGAAAUAAUUUGGUAUAAACUCUCGAAUGGCGAUAGGAAAAUGUUACAAUUCAUGUUGGCAAUGACCCAGAAUACAUCGGGUUUGACCAUAAGUGCUGUUGUACCGCUGACAAUGAACACGGGUCUGCAGCUGACCAAGGCCAUUUAUACCAUGACAAUGAUGCUCGUCAAUUUUCUGGAAUGAGGAGGUGUGAAAAGAGGAAGAGGGCAGAUUGGUCAUUAGUGGAUCAGUUCAUACCGUGAAUUUUUAUUUGACACUUGUUUGUAGUUGUUUGAUGAGCACAGAUGUUGAGUUAGAUGUAAUUCGUUUGUACCUAGUUAUUAUAUUACUAGAUUAAUUAAAUGGGUUAUGAAUUUGAAAUCAGUCAAAGUUUUUAUCUAAUAAAUGAUAAAAUGUUAUAUUUUUUUGUGA